AUGUCCACCCAAAGCGGCUCUGACACGAGCAAGAAGUCUAAGCGUCAGCCAAAGAAGCAGGCGCAAACCUACGAAUCCGAGUCCGAAUCCGAGGACUACGCCCCCCCUCCCCGGCGUAAGCGCGGCAAGAAGCAGGGCCCUCUCGACUCGCUCGCCCUCGACAACGUUAAUAACACGGUCGGCGGUCUCACCCAAGGCGUUACGGGCGCGUUGGGUGGCGUCGCGGGCGGUGCUGUCCAGAAUCACCAACAAGGUGGUGGUGGUGGUGGUGGUGGGAAGUCCGACACCUUGAGGCUUAGACUCGACCUCAAUCUCGACGUUGAAAUAACGCUCAAAGCAAAGAUCCAUGGGGACCUGGAGCUGGCUCUGUUGUGA